AUGUUUGUGGAUCUUCGCUAAAGUCUGCGUUAGGCAAAACUCUGCAACGCCGUCGCUUUUUCAGCACAGAUGUCAACUUGGAUACGUUUGUUUUCCAAGCCCAUGGCUGAAAACAUGAGUGACAAUUUUGUAUAAUAAUGUUUAUUUUUUACUAAAAAUCCACCAAGAUAACUGACAGAAGUCCUGUAGAGGGAAGGAAGGGGAAAAUGGACCACGAAUUGGAGGACAUGGAUUCAGAAGGCCGGUGGCAGAACCUCUACUUAGAAAUCCGUAAUCAGUCUCAGGAAUGUUCUUUCAAAGUGGCGAAGUAUCCCGAGAACCGCAACCGUAACAGAUACAGAGAUGUCAGUCCCUUUGAUCACAGCCGGGUGAAGCUGGGGAGCUCGGAGAACGACUACAUCAACGCAAGCAUGGUGCCCGUGGAAGAAGCCCAAAGAAGCUACAUACUAACUCAGGGUCCUCUCAGAAACACUUGUGGUCAUUUCUGGCUGAUGAUCUGGGAACAGAAAACGAAGGCCGUCAUCAUGCUGAACAGAGUGAUUGAGAAAGGCUCGGAGAAGUGUGCGCAGUACUGGCCCACGCAGGAGGAGCACGAGAUGGCGUUUCUGGACACGCGCUUUGUUGUGAAGCUGCUAUCCGAGGACGUUAAGUCUUACUACACCACGCGCUUACUGGAGCUGCAGAACGCCAACACAGGGGAGAAGAGGGAACUCUACCACUUUCAUUACACCACAUGGCCCGACUUUGGCGUCCCAGAAUCCCCGGCGUCCUUCCUCAACUUCCUGUUUAAGGUGCGCGAGUCUGGGUCGUUAGGGGCGGAUCACGGGCCGGCGGUGGUGCACUGCAGCGCGGGGAUCGGACGAUCCGGAACCUUCUCCCUCGUCGACACCUGUCUCGUACUGAUGGACAAAAGGAAAGACCCGUCCUCUGUGGACAUUAAGAAGGUGCUGCUGGACAUGAGGAGGUACAGGAUGGGUCUGAUUCAGACUCCUGACCAGCUCCGCUUCUCCUACAUGGCCGUGCUGGAGGGAGCCAAGUGCAUCAUGGGAGAUUCAUCAGUACAGUGUGUGUGUGUGUGUCAGAAACGGUGGCAGGAGCUCUCCAGAGAGGAUCAGGUGUGUGUGUCCGACUCUCCGUCGCCACCCAAAUGUCCCUCAGAGCGCCAUAACGGCAGCCGUAAACCACGAGCAGACGACACGGGGGAAACGGAGGGAGCGAAAAAACCCACAAAAGACGAACGAGAAGCUGACGGAGACACGUGCACGGCGAACGCACGCAAGAGACCGAGAGAUGAGAAGAUCUCCAUUUCUGCUCAGAAAACUCCUCAGAAGCAGCUGAAGCCCAGAACAAAUGAGACGGAGAAGAAAAGGAAAAGAGCGAGAACGACCAGCGAUAUCUAACGCCUCGGCGACCACAGCAGGGAUCUCCAGACCAUAAUACUCCUGAACACUGUUUACAGCAUGGACUCUGAGGAGCGAGUGUGUCCUCAUACCCACACCCACACCCACACACACACACACCAGCAGGGCAGCGCUGGACUCGAGCGCGCUGCCGCGGCUUUGAUCUUGGUGUCAAUUCUAAUUAUUAUAUCUAUUUUUUUAUUUUAUUCGGAUUUCCACAGAAGCUGACGUUGUAGUCCUUUACGCUUCACCGAUUUGUAACCUUGUAUUUUUUUAUUGGACGAUGGAUGUUUUUGGGAGUUGUUUCUGAAAAUCUCUAUUAUUUUUUAUACCGGAGCUGACUGACGAUGCGUUCGCGCCCGAGACCUGCCGUGCUUUUAAAGCUACUUCGGUACGGCGGAAUUAAACGCGAGUAUUUUUGAUAAGACGACGUGUCCGCGUUACUGAGGAACAACAGAAAACCGUGAGAGUCUUAAGAAUUUCCUCUUUAGUGAAAUAAAACCACGCUGCAUUGUGGA